AUGCAUUUUUCUAGUUUGAUUCCCGCUUUGGGGGGUCUUGUGGCUGUUGCCACUGCCUCGCCUCACCUUCUCCCCGGCUUUGGCCUCGGUCUCGAUGUCGAUGUCUCGCUCGGAGGUAACAGUGCUGGGGCUUCUAAGCCCGUUGACACCACCUCCAAGGGUCUCGACCUAGCCCCCACCACGGCUGCCGUUAGCCAGAAGGGAGGCCUUCCUUCUACCUGCAGCUUGGCCAACAGCUGGGAGAACCAUGUUCUCUUCGACGGUAUCGCUGCUCCUGCUUCUGGUGCUGCUGCCGCCAUUAAGCUUGGUCUUAACCUUCCCAAUGCUCAGAUCGAGGGUGAUGCUACUCUUGAGCUUGUGAAGGACUUCCUUAAGGAGCCUCGUGUACGCAUUGGUCUUGGUGCUAUCAAGGCUUACGUCGAGCUCGAUAUUUCUGCUUCCGCUGCUGUUCACGAAUCCAUUGAGCUUUUCGCUUCUUCUGCUCUCCAGCUUGAGGUCCCCGGCCUUCUCGAGGCUGAGGCCGGUGCUGCCCUCGCUCUUGACCUUGUCGUCGGUGUCGAUGCUGCUAUUGACCUGUCCGCUGGUGUUUACCUUGCCUUUGGCGAGGAGGCUUUCGUUGAGGUUUCUCUUCUCACCAAGGAGAUCGUUGACGUCUCCCUUGAGGGUCUUGUUGCCAAGGCUCUCCCCAUUGGCGUUGCUGCCGAGGUUGACCUCUCUGCUGAGGUUUCUCUCACUCUUGGCCUCCGCCUCCGAACUGAGAUCGAUCUUUCGGCCGAGCUUGACAUUCCCGUUCUCGACAUCGAGGCCGGUGCCAAGAUUGCUGUCUGGGUCAGCCUUUUCGAGUACACUGCCGUUCUCAUCGCCACCGACAACUGCGCCGUCUCCGUCGAUGAGCUCAUUGCUCUCACCCUUGGCCUCGCUGUCGAGCUCAACGUUGAGGUCGGCGACAUUCUCGACAUCAGCCUUGCUCCUACCCUGACCGUCACCCUUGCUACUGCUGCUCAGGCCAAGGUCUGCCAGCCUAACCGCGGUACUCCUGGCGGCUUCAUUGAGAAGCAAGGUGGCCCUUCUACCACUCACACUCAGGUCGUCUCUCUGUCUACUCUGCCUGCUGGAGGCUCUGAUUCUACCACCGACUCUGCUCUCCCUGAUGCCACUGGUUCUGCUGACGCUUCUGCUUCCGCUGAUGUUACCGGCUCUGCCACUGCUGACUCUUCUGACGCUUACCCCGUUCCUGGUGCCUCUGGCUCUGAGACUUACCCUGCUGAUGCCGAGACCACCGGUUCUGGCUCUGGCGCCUAUCCCAUUCCUGGAUCUGGCUCCGGUUCAGGUACCUCUGCCGGCGCUGAGACCACUGGCUCCGGCUCCGGUGCUUACCCCAUCCCUGGUUCCGGUUCUGAAUCUAGUGCUUCCGCUGGUGCCGUGACUACUGGUUCUGGCUCUGGUGCCUACCCUGUUCCCGGUGCCUCUGGCUCUGAGACUUACCCUGCCGGUGCUGAGACUACCGGCUCUGGAUCUGGUGCCUACCCUGCUGGCCCUGGCUCCUCUUCCGCUCCCGCUAAGCCCCAGACCACCGGCGAUGUCACCAGCACCGUCACCUCCACCCACGUCUACACCAUCACCAGCUGCGCGGCCUCCGUCAUCAACUGCCCUGCCCGCUACACCCAGAAGGUCGUCACCUCUACCGUCAUCGAGAGCACCUAUGUCUGCCCUGCUACCGAGACCGGUGCCGUCCCCGCUACCACCACUGCUCACUCCACCAAGACCCGAACUACCAAGACCUUCCACCCUCCUACUACUCCCCCUCCUGCUCCUACCGUCACCAUCGUCGACACUACCACCUACUGCCCUGAGGAGGGAAAGACUGCUCAGCCUUCCAAGGGCCAGACUACUUUCCAGGUCGUGACCACUGCUUCCCCUAGCACCAAGGCUUACGAGGUCCCCAGCCACGCUGCUCCUACCACCGAGGGUGAGGAGAAGCCCACCGCUGAGGUCCCUGUUCCUGGCAAGCCCACUGGCGAGGCUCCCGUUCCCGAGAAGCCUACUGCUGGAUACCCCACUCCUGAGAAGCCCACCGGUGGCAAGCCUGUGGCCCCUCCCGCCCACAGCGUCCCUUACCCUCCCAGCAACGGAACUGUCUCUACCCAUGUUCCCGUCUACCCGGCUCCUGUUCCCACCACCGCCGUCCCAGUGGUCCCCGCUCCCGGCACCACCGCCGGCUAUGCGCCUCCUCCCGUUGUCUCCCAGCCCGGAGUUGUUCCUCCUGCUGCUGAGACUCCCGUGGCCACUCCCGUCCCCACCACUCCUGUUCCCGUCAGUGGUGCCAGCGUGGUUCGCACUGGCUUCAUGCUGGCUCUCCCAGCUGUCCUUGCUUUCUUCAUGUAG